UUGCUAAUAUACAAUGGAACUAUAAUCAAACAAAUGAUGUUAUUAAAGUGGAAAUUUGGGAUGUGGUUGACAAGGGUAUCAACCCAACAAACACUAAUAAUAGACCUAUUACGUCAAAUGCUGCAUUGAAAAUAGAAAAUUCACAAACCCUGACUAAACUACCGCCACCCCGUUCUUCGCUUCUACCACCGGAUCAACUUACACUUGAUGCUGCAACUAUAGAUGUAUAUCGCAAUACACAUGGUGUGAUAUUGUUAUUUGAUAUGACCAAAAAUUGGACAUUCGAUUACGCUAUUAAAGAAUUAAAAGCUGUUCCUAAAAAUAUUGCUGUAUUAUUGCUGGUGAAUAUAUAUCAUCACUUAUUUUUCACCACUUCAUUAUCUGAUGAAAUGUUAUUCUUGCCUAAUAGGGCAACUUUAGUGAUCUCAGGUAGUUAUGUACAAUUAAUGGCGAUAUCGGAGGCCAAUCGUGAACGAAUAUCAGAAUAUCCUUCGUCCAAUAUGGUUCGGUAUGUGGAAACUAGCAUAUUAAAUGGACUUGGUCUAGAAUACAUUUACAAGUAUUUUGGGGUCCCUUUCUUACAAUUACAG